ACAGCGGGCGGCGCGGAGCGGGUGGUGGCGGCUCAGGCCGGCGGCGGGGCGUUGCGCAGCGGGGAAGAUGAGAGGCGCGGCGCUGCUGUGGGGCGGCGUUGUCGUGCGGCCCCGGGACUGAUGCAGAAGGUCAACAAGAACGUGGUGCUGGCUGUGCUGAGCCUGACCAGCCUGGUGUUCCUCCUCUUCCAGCUGUACUACUACAAGUUCUACCUGUCGCAGAAGAAUGGGACGGUUUUUUCAAAAGCCAGAGGAAGCCAGUCUGGCCAGGACAGCACGAGAUGGCAUGUGGUUAGGAAGUUCCUAGGCUUAAUAUCCAGUCACAACAUACCGGUGUAUUUGAUUGAUCCUUUAAUUCUGGGACUUGUUGAUAAAGACAUUGAACAGAUCAGAAGUUCUUCUGAUGGCCCUAGUCCGGAAUGCAAGUACUUCUGUGCUCCAAGAGACUUCACUACAUUUGCGCUACUGGACAAAGCGUGGAAACAUGAAGUGGGACUUUUUAGAACUGCUGAGAAGAUGGGGUUCCAAUGGCUAAAGGUUCUAAAUAAGGACCCUCGCUUGGAUGGGAUGGAUGACCUGUCUGGGACUGAAAUUCCCUUGCACUACAUUUUUAAACUAGCAUCUCAUGCCAUUCACCUGGUGGUUUUCUAUGAGAGGAGUGGUAAUUUCCUCUGGCAUGGCCCCCUAAGGCUCAAGCAACAUAUGGACAGAAAAUUUGUGCCUUUCCGGAAGCUCCACUUUGGUCGCUACCCUGGAGCAUAUGAAAAGCCUGAACUUCUGCUUGUUUCGAUUGAUGACUUAAAAGUUCAAAUUCCAAAAAAUCCAUCCAGUUUUCUAGAAGAGAUGUCACACUCUAGAUUUCUUGAAUGUAGGUACAGAGAAGCUCGGGCUUUCUUUCAGGUGUAUCCUGAUGAUGCCUCUUUUGAUGCAGUGGAAUUCAGAAGAAAAGCAAAAUCCUUGCUCCAUCUGGCUGCUCUGACACUGAAUAACUUGGGAGUAAAGUUCUGGCUGAGCAGUGGAACGUGCCUUGGAUGGUAUAGACAGUGCAAUGUCAUUCCUUACAGCAAAGAUGUGGACCUGGGGAUCUUUAUAAGGGACUACAAAGCUGAUAUCAUUCCAGCCUUUCAGAAAGCAGGAUUACCAUUAAAACACAAGUUUGGCAAGGUAGAAGACAGUUUGGAACUCUCUUUCCAGGGAGAUGACGAUGUGAAACUUGAUAUUUUUUUCUUCUAUGAAGAAGAUGACUAUAUAUGGAAUGGAGGAACUCAGGCAAAGUCGGGCAAGAAAUUUAAAUUUAAGAAGUAGGAGUGAUCCUCUGCAGGAAUGGUGCGUAGACUUUGGUUUAACAUAUAGGGCUCUUACCAGAUGUCAGUCUGAUCAAGCUGAAAUGUACCUGUCAAUUUCCAGUAGUAUCAGCAUACCUCUACGUGGGGCCUGCACUGAGCCCUCUGCAGAAAAGAACAGGCACAAAAUGAGGUGGGUUUGAUAGAAUAUAUAUUAAUUUGAAUGGGUCAUGGGGGUUUCAGAAAGUAUAGAGUGGCAGCUGUAUCUUAAGUCUUUGCAGCUGCUCCAAGUCUGGCACUGUGUUUAAGCAGGGUUGCUGAAGGCUAAUGGAAUGCUUUUUUUCAUAAGAUUGAAGAAAGGUAAAAACUUGUUUGUAAAAAAAAUUGUACCUUUGAUUUCCACGCCUGACUCACAGUAAAAUUUUUCAUGCUGUAUUUGAAAUCCUCCUUCCCAAAAAAAACGUGUCAAAUAUCUUGAUAUCCUUCAAACAAGGUAGCUUAAUAGCUUAAUUUCAAUUUGUAAGUGGAAAAGUAGAGACAGGGACUAAUUUCUUUUACAUGGGAGAAUAUUAUGGGAGUAAACAGCAGUAGAAUUAGAAAUGCUCCUCCUUGAGAACACGUGGCAAAUGUUAACCAGCUACUGUUGAUAAAAACCCCAUUCAGUUGGUAAAUGAUGCUUCAUAGGUAGGAAUCUGUGAAAUAAGAAAAAAAUCUGCAAAUGUGACUUGGCCAGUCAUUGCAGUUGCUUGCUUUCUCUGUGGACUGACUUACAUGUGCUGAGCUAAGUGUGUCUUCUGCUGGUGACCAUGUCCUUUUGUGGUGCAGGUAUCUCUUCCCAAAGUUUACUCUGUGCUGGACUGAAUUUGUAGAACUCAAGGUACACGUACCCUGUGAGACCCUGCAGUAUGUUGAAGCCAACUAUGGCCCAGACUGGAAGGUUCCUGUCAAGACGUGGGACUGGAAGAACUCACCAUCCAAUGUGCAGUACAACGGUGUCUGGCCUGUUGACGAAUGGGAUGAAGUCAUUCAAAUCUACUGAACACCUCUUUGGUUCCAGAAAGUGUCUGGUAUCCUUGAAAUUGUCAGUCUGUAAUUUCCUGUCUCCCAAAGGCAUCAACACCUGCUACGUUUGUAACUCCUCAUCUGUUUCCUAAAGAGACAUUUCCUAUUUUUUGCUUAGCAGAUAAUUUUUACAUAUUCACUGUGAGUUGUCCACAUAGUUAAAGAUUAAAGGUAGAUUGUGGGAACUGAGGAGGAGGAAAGCUGAAAGUAAAAGCAUACAAAAUCUUGCAGUAACUGUAUGGGCAGUUGGCUAUUAAAGCAAAACCCGUGGCCAAGUUGCUUGAUCUGGGGAUCAUCAAAACCUUGGGACUGUUCGCUGCUUGUGAAAGAUAGGACAGAAAAUUCUGAAGAUACUCUGUUUUUUUCUGAGGAGCUCAUAUGGAUUUACAAUUCUUAAACACCCAAUUUGUCAGUCCCAUAAAUGCAUUUAAUUUGAGACUGAUGUAUGCAAGGGGGUUGCCUCUUGUAGUGGAAUGUUUCAGUUCAGAACCUGUGUGACCCACCUGCUCUGCAUGUGUUGGGUUAUGGUAUAAUAUUAAGUGAAGGAAGAAUCAGAAGCACUAUCUGCAUCAGAGAUCUUCCAGUAACAGCUGUUUGGUUUUUUUUUUUCAUGAACUAACAACCACAUAUAUUAACAACAGGGAAUGUUAGGUGUUUUUUUCUCUUUUUUUAAGAACUUGAGGGCGUAUGCUGCAGGAAAGUGUUUCCCAUUAAAAUACACUACCUGGUUUUGAUGUCCCAAUUGGUGUUCCCUCUGUAGGAGCCGAGCAGACUUUAGAGGAUCAUACCUAUCUCUGCUCUCUAGAAAUGAGAGAAUUGAUACUUUUCUGUUAAACAUGGGCUCACAGAAGGUCAGUAUGAAUCAGAGCUCUUUUCUGUAAGCAUAAGCAGAAAUGUGUACAAAUACCAACUGCUCCAUUAAAUUUGCAAUAGCAUAAUUGCAAGUGAAGUGCAAGUGUAUAUUGGGCUUUGAAUGGGAAAGGUGCAAGCCUGACGGCUCUCUUGUUUCUGGUUGUGUUCUUGGCCAGUGAGAUAAGCUUUUUUUGUUCUGUGUUUUGGGGAGGGAAAAUAGCUUUCAUAUGAGCUUGUGUUCAUAUGAAAUGAGCAGGAUUGUUCCAGUCCUGCUGUGCAGGAAAGAUGAGACCAUUAGUGUUACUAGUCAGCUAGGACUAGUAUGCGAUACAGACCCAGCAUUACUUAUGAACUAGUAUCAAGGUACUGAAUGUUUGCCUUAUUUUCCUGCAACACAUCUGAAUUCCCUCUUUUCAUGUUGAAGUAGAAGGGCUGUCUGCGAUCUGCAGCUCUUCCACGCUUUUACUGGCAAGAUUGAGUGUGUGGUUUGCAUUCUGUUGGUGUGCAAUUUUCAGCUCUGUAUUCAAAUACAUACAGUUCUGAAGAGAUGAAAUGGCCGCUGCCGUGGGGCUGUUCCAGCACUGUAUCAUUCCAGGUGCACUCUGGGUCUUCCCUGCUGUUUUCAUCCUGGAUUGUGUGGCAUACAUUUCCCUGCUAGUCCUCUGUGUCCCAGAGCUCUCCUGCCACUGAAGCACUGCAGUGAAUUAUACAGCUUCUGACAAAAACUUGUCAUGUUGCCUUGAAGUGGUACUGUAACUUUGCCUAAUUAAGAAGAACAAGAUGUGAAAUCCUACUAUUGCCAUUUACUUGCAAACAUAAACAUUGCGUCAUAAGGGAUUAUUUCUCAGGUAGAUUUUUUUGGUAUUUUUUUUCCUUAAAAUGGAAAAAGCCAGUGUCCUCAUGAUUCCACUGCCCAGAACUCUGUUGUCAUUGACUUCCGUGUUCAACAGUGUACAAUAAGCCUGCAAGUUCUACAACUGUGAUAGAUCUUUCAAGAAUCAAAGGACAGGUUCUAUCAGAAAAUUGUAAUCCUGUCAAAGUUUUGACUUCGUAGAUGGAAAGAAUUUGUAAUGGAAAGAAUGCAUGUCCCUGGGAGAGACGAUGUCUUAAAUAUUUGAUGAUAACUCUGUAUAAGUUAUUCAAGUUCAAAUAUUUUCGGAAGAUACAAAUAAAUAUUUAACACUGA